AAGUUUACAAGAAUUCAUCUCCUCUCCUUUUGCUAAAAACCACCGUAACUGGACGAACGAAAUCUAGUAUAAAUAGUGUGCAGCUAAAAUGCCACAUUAUAGGUAUUUUGAUUGUCUUUGAGUUCUGAGUAUGGCAGAAAAAUACACAGCUUUUCAUCGUGGUCAAAAGCCUAUUCCCGGACAGUAUUUUCGUUUAUUUGGGGCGGUAUGGCUUUAGAACAAGGCCACGUAAAUGUUGUUUUUGACAACGACAUCGACAUCGACAAAGUGGUAGAUGAAGAGUUGUCGUCCAAAGAAGCAACUGCUGGCGGUGACAGUUCAAGUUCCAAACAGCGAAAAGCGAAAAGGGUGCAUAGACAAUUAAGCAAGGAUAGCGCUGUGACUUCCGGUUUUAUCCAUGGUCCCAGGUCGUGGAAGAACAGUCGCCGUUCUAGAAACGGCUAUGGUCGAGGUCUUCCGAAAAAAGGUGGGGCAGGAGGCAAAGGAGUAUGGGGUGCGCCGGGUUCUGAACUCCUGGAAACUUAUGAAGACAUAAAUGAUCCCAAUUUUGAUAAUGAAAAUUUAAGUAAUGGAGACAUCGAGUUGAAAGCUAUAGUUCCUGACGUUUCGUACGAAGAGAUAAAAAAGAAGGUGGAUCCUAUCAUUUUGGAAUAUUUCGAAAAUGGAGACACUAAUGAAGCCGCUCUGGCUAUUUUGGACGCUGUUCCUAAACAUUAUAGAGACAUGCUAGUAGAACAAGUGAUUGAAGUUGCAAUGGAUCACAAGCCAUCCCACCGAGAAAUGACUUCGGUGCUUAUUUCUGACUUAUUUGGUCAUGUUAUUUCCGAGAAUGACAUAACCAAAGCAUUUCAAAGUCUUCUCGCCAAUUUAAAUGACUUAAUACUUGAUAUUCCGGAUGCCCCAACUGUUCUUGGGAACUUUAUCGCUAGAGCAAUAGCAGAUGAUUGUAUUCCUCCCAAAUUUCUUACUACAACCAAAGAGAAAAGUGACAGUGAAGUGUUCCAGGAAGCUUUGGGACGAGCAGAUACUCUGCUUUCCAUGAAACAUGGCCUAGUUAGAUUGCACAACGUGUGGGGUGUUGGUGGAGCUUUACGACCUGUCAAGGCCCUAACUCGUCAGAUGAACUUAACUUUGCAGGAAUUUAUUUCUUCGCGCGAUAUUGAAGAAGCAAGUAGAUGUCUAAGGAACUUAGAAGUGCCUCAUUUUCAUCAUGAAUUGGUGUAUGAGGCUAUAGUAAUGGCUCUAGAAGCGAAUAGUCCUUCAGUAGAAGAGGCUCUGUGUAGUUUGCUUAAAGCGUUCGACGCUGCCGUUUUAGUUACUCCAGAGCAAAUGGGAAGAGGGUUUAUUCGAGUGUUUGAUGAUCUGCCAGACAUUCAUAUGGAUGUGCCCUUGGCGUAUAUCAUUCUGGACAGAUUCGUUGAUCGUUGCCAUAAGGAAGGAUUUUUGACUGAGAAAGUUAUUAAUAAAAUACCUACUAGAGGACGCAAACGUUUUGUCUCCGAAGGAGAUCAAGAAUUCAUAAAAAAUCAUAAGUCAUCAUAAUUUGUUUAAUUCAUCCUAUUUCGUUUAUGCUAGAACUGUGCCGUAGAUUUGAUUUACAUGUAUUGCAUUUACGUUUACUGAAAUUUCGUUAGAAACAGCACGGCGUGCAUAUUCAUUCUAUCAUGUUACUUCUUUUUUUUGUAUAUGUUCUAUGAAAUAAAGAUUAUUCAGAGUUGCUAA